AUAAGUACACAGUUUAACUUCCAUCUAUGAUUGGGGACAACGCAAUUUUCAGGACCAUACAUUUAAAAAAAAGUUUAAAAAAGGCAAAAAAAGAAAAUUAAAUAAAUAAACUCUCUCAUCAUUUUAAGGACAGUCUAUAUUUAUUAAAUAUAUAUCAUUAUGGGAUUAUUGUGUCAAAUUAAAUGAUUAAGGGGUCUGCAAAAGCAAGGGACAAGCAUUUCCACCUGUUUUGUAGAAUGACACAUAUGUGUUAAGAAUUCAAAAGCUAGGUGGCGUCAUCUUCUAGCAUUUACCGAAAACUUUCGAUGGGAUGCCUCUGAACUUCUGUUGGGCCAAACCUUUACAGUCUAUGGGCCAAACAGGUUAAAAACGUAAAAAAAAGAAUUAAAAAAAAAAGAACGCCCAAGCCCUAUUGCAACUUAAAAUAUUUAUUAUUGUCCACCAUUUCAAAAUUGGUAGGAAACUAUUUAAUAGGCCUAACUUUACAAUUGUUUUGUAAAAACCUUAAAGUUUUCAGUAAAAGCUUUAAACCCGAUUUUAAACACUGCAAACACUGCAGCUACAUGGGGCAUUUCCAAUGCAAAUGUGCAACAGAAAAGGCGCGGAUAUGAAAACUGCUCAAACAACACCGCCCAUCUCUUUUUGAUCGUCUCUAGAGAAAGGGAAGUAAAGAUAGGGUGACAAUUUUCAUGACUAGACUGGGUUUCACGUGUGAUCUGUAAUGUGCAAGGGACGCAGGUGCUCGUGGCAAAAACUCGGCAAACAAACGAAUUUCCGUGGACUUUGGAGGAAUACUUGCCAACGUCUAUCCACAUGAACCAUCGCCUUCUGGAAAUGAUUUGUUUUCACAUAAUAAGUGAGGCGUAAAGAAGUAUGAUGUCAAAUUCUUCAGAUGAAGGUGAAAACGCCUACAUAGGCCUGCGUGUUUGGGCAUCUGCAGUUUCUCUCAUUAUUCUGGCUUUUUUUAAUUUAAUCAUUAAUUGGACUAUAGUGCGCGAGGUGCGUCUCCGGAGUCACGCGCGCUUCGUCUUGGUCUUCUACUUGUUGUUCUCCGCACUGGUGUACUUUUCAUUUAAUUUUACUUUCCACUUACAAAUCUACGUGAAGGCGGCAACCACUGCAUCCAUCUGCUUAUUGUUGACACGGAUUUUAAUAGCAAGUGGUUCGAAUAUUAUCAUCACCAUUACAGCAAUGGCACUUGACCGCUAUUUUGCCAUAUGCUGCCCGCUUCAGUACAGCAAAGUGUGUUUCAAAUCAUGGCCGUGGCUGAUUGGGAUCCUAACUUGGGGACUUGCGUCAAUUAUUCCUCUUAGCCUUCCUCACAAGAAGGACAAUAGCACAUUAGUCAACACGUGUGGAAGGAAAGCAUUGCAAGGCGGAGAACUGCACAAAAUUGUUUUGAUAUCGAUCUGUACGAUUUUCAUCGUCUGCAGCUACGUGCGGAUCUUAUAUGAAGGACGACGCUUGGGUGUGUUAAAUCGGCGCAACAGAGCUGCUUGUAGGACCAUUGCUUUACAUGGCACGCAGCUCGCUGUUUAUAUUCUGCCAAGCUUCGUACUCUUUUUGCUACACAUUCUUAAUAAGAAAACAUUAAUUGCCGUUUCUACAAAAGAGCUUUUUGCAGUUAUAAGUUUUGUCUUCUUCAGUUUGGCGCAAUGCAUUGCGCCGAUAGUCUAUGGACUUCGUAAAGAGGAGCUUUUGGAGCAUCUAAAUCAUCGCUUUCCCUGUUUGUCUGGACGAUUAAAGAGGAUUUUGGAGUGGACCGUCAACAUUACCCAUCCCAAACGCCGUCUCCAGCAAAGGGAACGGAGAAUGACUUCAGAGACUUUGUUAUCGAGGGAGAUCUCGCAGACGACUGUAUGAUCAUCUGUGGAUUAACAUGAAGACCUGAUGAUUUCUUAAAUUGGAACAUUGAGCUACUGAGACUGAGAAAAGACAUUUAAUCAAACUUAAGUAUUUCAGAAAAUGGUUAUUGUUGCUACGAUUUAAGCAACAAGUUCAUUCUUUUUGUAUUUAAACUACAGCAGCAUCUUGCCAAGCGGACAGCACCACAAGGUCAUUUAUGAUUUCAUAUAUUUUAAUUAAUUUCUAUGUAAGUACCAAUGGCUUAACGUUGUAAUGUGAACAGAGAAAAAUGCUAUUAGAAGGUGUCAAUAAUGGAACGUGUGCUUAGCAGGACUUAACAGUAUUAUGCAGUCAUACAUGUAAGCUAAUGACUCAGGUAAACAAAUAUAAAUCCUGGACAAUG